AUGGAGGCAAGCCAUGGUCCAGAGGGUCGCAAAGUUCUUAAAACAACCAUUAAUAACCUCGAAUACCUCUAUGACGGCGAGAACGUUACGUGUUUUGGACACAAGUUCAUGGAGCUAUGUCUUGGCGAUGACAAUCGUAACAGACCUGUUGAGUUCUGGAAGGCUCAACUCGCAUUUCGAGGCUUUUCACCAAGAGGAAACGAUAUCAAGGCUCUCAAGCAACGUCUGGUUAAUUCUAAUACCGUCCAACCGGAUACCAUGGUCAAGCAAGGCAUCCAGAAAAUGAUGAGGGCCUAUCGCAAGAAGGAUCGUGAAAAUGAGGAGCCAGUGCACCAAGCUCGACAGGCUCGACACGUGGAAGAGGGUGAUCGGGAAGAAUAUGAAGAUUCUGAUGAAGAACCUUUGGAAGACAAUGAGGAAGAAAACAAUGGCGAGGGAGAAGAUGACGAGGGAGAAGAUGACGAGGGAGAAGAUGACGAGGGAGAAAAUGGUGCCGAGACAGAUAAAGAUUCUGAAGAAUACGACAACGAUGCUGAUGAUUCCGACGAGGAGCUUAACGAUGGACCAUGGGAUAUCACCGGACACUGGGAAUUGGAAUGCAAAACUAUGUCUUCAAACUACAGUCAAUCGAAAUCAUACACCUUUGACAUCUUCUCUGCACCACGCGGACAAGCCCGGCAAGUCUUCGGCCGUUUCAACCUUGGGAAAUUCAAGGGUAUAAUCCGGUUUGCUCGUGGACGCAACUCUGCCGAUCGAAACGAAUAUCUUCUCAAUCAGCAAUUCGAUCCAUGGACUGCGGAUAAUACAAGACUCUAUCGAUGGAGAGGCAAAGAUUGUCAGGACAUCAUUCAACUCGGCUCUGAUUCACGUUCUUACACAAUGACAUUCUCGCGCGGCGUUAAAAGAGUCAACGGUGUCUGGGGCACACACGAUGGGGAUCCAGGAACUGUGGAAUUUACUGGGCGAAAGGUCUCGGAGGAAGACAUAUUUUCUGGGAGUGGGAUUUUACACGAGUGGACGAAUCACAAUCAGCAUGCGUAUGAUGCAGCUAAUAGGGCAAGAUGGAGAUGA